GAGAUCAUAACAAAGAAACUGAAUGUUGAUGUUACACCUUAAAAAUGUUAUGUCUUAGUAAUUUAAUUUUUAAUUGUUUUGUUUAGGAAACAAGUUAAUUUAUUUAAGUGUUUGAUUGUUUUUAACCACCAGAAGAGUAAGAGUUUCCUUUUACUUGGUGUUUUCCAUGAGAUGGAGAAGCAAAAAUUGGAGAAAUUUAUUAAUGACAAUAGAGGUUGGAUUCCAGAAUUGGUUAACAAUAGUAACACAGAAACAGAACAAGAUGAUUCUGAUAAAGACAAUGAAACUCGUAAGUCUGAGAAAGAAAUUAUUGCUGAAACAACAGUUAAAUUACCAUGUGAAGAAGAUUAUGAUACAAUUAAAUUAAUUAGCAAUGGAGCCUAUGGCGGUGUCUAUUUGGUUCGUCAUAAGGAAAGUCGUCAAAAAUUUGCUAUGAAAAAGAUUGAUAAACGAAGUUUAAUCCUGCGUAAUCAAGUUGAACAAGCAUUUGCAGAAAGAGAUAUCAUGAGUUUCACAGACAAUCCUUUUGUUGUUAGUUUAUAUUGUAGCUUUGAAACCAAGCGAUAUCUUUGCCUUGUCAUGGAAUAUGUUGAAGGAGGUGAUUUGGCUACUCUUCUUAAGAACAUGGGACCGCUGCCAGUUGAUUUAGCUCGUUUCUACUUUGCUGAGACAGUUCUUGCUGUCGAGUAUCUCCAUAACUUAGGAAUUGUUCACCGUGAUUUGAAGCCAGAAAAUCUUCUCAUCACAGCCCUGGGUCACAUUAAGUUAACUGACUUUGGAUUAUCUAAGAUCGGUUUAAUGAACCUGGCAACCAAUAUUUGUGAAGAGCAUUUAAGUAAAAAAGAUACCAAAGAAUUUCUCGAUAAACAAGUCUGUGGAACCCCUGAAUAUAUUGCUCCUGAGGUUAUUUCUCACCAAGGUUAUGGUAAACCUGUUGAUUGGUGGUCUAUGGGUGUUAUCUUAUACGAAUUACUAAUUGGCUGUGUUCCCUUUUUCGGGGAAACUCCUGAAGAGCUUUUUGCUCAUGUGAUAAACGAUGAGAUUACCUGGCCGGAUGAUGAAGAUUGGCCACUACCUGAGGAUGCAAAAGAUGUAAUUAGUAAACUUUUAAAACAAGAUCCUCUUGAAAGAUUAGGAACUGUUGGUGCUUCGGAAGUGAAAGAACACCCUUUCUUUGAUGGUCUCAAUUGGGAUGAUCUACUUCGGCAAAAAGCUGAAUUUGUGCCUCAAUUGGAUAAUGAUGAAGAUACCAGUUAUUUUGAUACUCGAUUGGAUAGAUAUAAUCAUGAGAUUGACGAUUCAGAAGAGCAAGAUGAUACAGAUGAAAGCUCAAGUUCAAUGUUCAGCAGUUUUUCCUCGUGUUCACCCAAAUAUCAUCGAGUCUACUCUCGUAUUGAACAAGAAUUGGCUCAAGAAAAGCUGAUGAAAUCAUCUUCAACUUCCUCCAUUCUCGAUGAAUCUGUUCAAACUUCUUCUUCCUGUUUAAAUGAUUCUCUUCCACCACUAUUAAAUGGGUCCAUAAUGGUGUCAAGUGAAACCUCUACACCGGUGAUAUCAGAUAAACGUGAAUCUAAUCAAAUUAAAUCAACAGAAAGUUUAACUCCUUCCGAGGAAAAUGAAUUAACUGUUGAUAUGGAGAAACCUCAACCUCUCCAACAAAGUACUCCUGAAUUAUCUCAAACCGAAUCAGAAGAUUUCUCUCCCAAAGUCACCCGUCGUAGAAAACCAUUUAUGAGCAUUAAAUUAUCGUGUAUCCCACGAUUUUCCAUUAGUGGAGAUAAUGAUGACAGAAAAAGUGAUCCCAAACUCAACGAGUCAAAUAGAGAUGAGAUGAGAUCAUCUUCUCAAGAAACAAGUGAAGGUAAAGAUACUUGUACCACCGAUAGCGGUGCAAGUAGUGGUGCCAAUGGAAGUUCUGGUUGUUCCAGUUCUAACAGUAGUAGUAGUCAGAAAACGUCGAAAUCUCAAAUUCCUAGAUCAUCAAAUUUCCCUGUACAGUUAAAUGCAUUAAUUAAAAAUCAUACCAAAGGCAGAGCUGUGAUUAAAUCAGCCUCGGCAACCGGCUUAUCUCUCAUGAUACCAACGGAAGAUGCUAAAAAUAAAUCAUGUUCAAUUACCUCUUCCGGUGGUUCAAGUACCAGUUCCCGUGAUACCUCACCUAAUCGUGAGAUAACUGGUCCCAUGGGUCAACAAUUAAAACCACCAAUUAUAAUUCGUAAAGGUCCAAGAGGAUUUGGUUUCACUUUAAGAGCAAUUAGAGUUUAUUAUGGUGAUUCUGAUUUGUAUACAGUUCAUCAUUUAGUUCUUGCCGUUGAAAAUAAUAGUCCCGCUUUUGAGGCUGGACUUAGGCCGAACGCUUUGAUUACUCAUAUUAAUGGUGAACCAAUUCAAGGGCUUCUUCAUCAUCAAGUUUUACAACUUGUCCUCUCAGGUGGUGAUAAGAUAAACAUCCGAACCACCCCAUUGGAAAAUACAUCAAUUAAAACCGGUGGUCGUCGUCGUCACCCUUCAUCAGGUCGUAUGACUCGUCGUCCUAACCUGAUAAGCCAUAAAAAAGGUGCUCCCAUUAAGCGUACUGAUUCCGAUAAGCGUCGGCGUUCAUCACUUCUUCGUAAAUUAAGCUCUAAACGAGCCAGCGCUGAGAUUCAACAGUUAAUGGCUGCCAGUGGGGGAGCAGGUUCUUCUUCUGGUGUCACUGGCGGUAUAUCACCACCACUACUUACUCCUAGUCGAAGUUAUCAAUCAUUAAAUCGUUCAUUUGGUAACAGUAAUAGUAAUUGUGUCAAUAGUAACAUUGCUAACCUUGUAUCUUCCGAGGGAGCCUGCGAAUCUCCCCAAGCUGCUAUUACAACCUUAUCCACAGCAACUUUAGCCUCAUCAUCAUCUUCAUCUGCAAUACCUCGCUUUCCAAGAUCUCCUCCACCCAAUCGUCUUCAUUGUUCACCCUCUGAUUCAUCAGCUGCCAAUUCAUCACAAAGUAGUUCACCAAGCUCAAGUGUACCCAAUUCACCGGCAUCAUUAAGUCAUUUUCCCCAUUUUCCCCGUCCAAGUACACUUUCUGGUCUGAAACAGCACAAAGUUAAAUCAUUUCGAUCACCUCGUCGUAAAUCAUGUGGUCACAUACCACUUUCACCUCUCGCUCGUACACCUUCACCCUCCAUCCAACCAGUUUCCACAAGUUCACCUACACGUUCAAACUGUCCAACAAGCGUAUUUCCAGGAGUUCAUCAACCGGGUUCCUCAUCAACAAUUCAAUCCUUCAUUUUACAUAAAAAUAAAUUAACCGAUUCUUCAACCAAUACCUCUACCCAAACACCAUCUACACCUACAUUGUCGUCACCCUGUUUAUCUGCACCAGGUUCCAAGUGUUUCUCACGACCCAAAAGUGCUGAACCAAGUUCCCCAUUAUUACGUCGAGCCCUUUCACCUGAUCGUUUAUUAAUUAAACGUAACACCGAUCCCAGUAAAGCUUCUGGUCCAAUUAAGCAUAAAAGACAUUCCUUGGGAGGUCCAGUCUCCUCUCCUUUAGCUAUAUCAUCAUUACCACCCUGUACUUCAACUAAAUUCAACCAACAGAAUAUGAGAAGCACCUCAACAAACACCGAUACAAAUUCACCACCUUAUUAUACGAAUCAGUAUUGUUCAACUAAAGAAGAUAAAAUGUCCACCGUUUCAUCAUCCACAAUAACAACAACUACUUCAAUUACGAGUUCUGAUAGUAACAAACUUGUGGAUAUCUCAUCAUCAUCAUCAUCUUCUUCUGUGCCUUCAUGUUCAUGUUCAUCUUCAAUUGAAGUGAAAUCAGGACAACAAUCAACAGAAGAUUUUCCUGAAUCAGAUGAAAAAAUUUCAAUUAAAAAUGACAGUAAUCACCAUCGGGUUACCAUUAAUAAUUUAGAAAUAAAAAAUUGUAAAGACCAAAAAGAUAAUCAACCAUCAUCAUCAAAUCUUCUUAGCUCAUCACAAUCAUCAACCUCUAUUUUAGAGAGUAAAAAAUCAUCAUCAUCAUCAACAAUACCACCAAAUAUUACAUCAUCUUCAUCUUCAACAAUACAAUCAACAACAACAACAACAACAACAGCACCAAAAACUACAACCGCCUCAACCACAUCAUCAUUUUCAUCAUCGUCAUCAUCAGGAAAAUCAAGUGAAUCAAGAAAAUCGGAAAAAUCGAAAGCAGAUAAAUCAAACUCAUCUAAAAAUUCAGAUAAAAGAUCAAACAAAUGAUUCUUGAUUGAAACAAAUUACCCGAUGAUUUAAAUUGUAAAAAAGCAUUUUCUCAACUCUCACACACUACAAACUCAUUCGUCCGAUCUUUUCUUUAGCUCUUUUACUUUCUACUGUCAUGAUUUAACUAAUUGCGAAAUCAGUCAUGAAAUGACUCGAAUUGAAACUUGAAAAAAAAUUCUCAUGGUGUUUCUCUAAUUAACCAAAUUGCGCUGAAAAUAAUUAAACCAAUUUCGAAAAGGUUGACUGAUGAUCGUUUUAGUAGCAAAAUCUCAGCUAAAUUGACAAUGUUUUUGUUAAUUCUGUUUAAAGAAAGUAGAAAAUUGUGUUAUCCAUAACAUUACAAUUAACCUUUAUUAUUAACUAUCUUAACUGAACUUUUUGGGCAUAAUAAUCACGAAUCAAGAGCAAAAGAAAGUUUGUUUUCCAUCCUUUAUCAUCAUAACAAUUAUCAUCAUGAUAGCGCCUUCAAUUCACUUGAUUGAUUGUUCAUUGAUUGAAGAAAUAAUCAAAUGGAGAAAGGAAAAGGAAAAAGACAAUAAUCAAUGGAUGAACUUAAAGACAAGAAACAAAAAUGAAUUAGAAACCAAUACAAGUUUCAAUUCUUAAUCUCCUUUUUUUUCUAAGUUAAUUGUUGACCAUAUUCUCGUUUUCUUGUCAAAUAAUUACCCGAAAUCCCUCACAAUUAGUUAUCAAUCAACACAAUUACCAAACCCACCUACACAUGGAAACACUCAUAACCAUUAAUUGUUUUUUUUUCUUGGAUAUUUUGGUUAAUCAUUUUGCUCAUCAAUGUAUCCUCACCUCUUUCUCGUCAACAACAAUUGAUUUACACCAAAUUAAUCAACAACUUUUGAUCAUGAAAACAAUCAAA